AUGAAGACGGUCAUCGAACAACUGGGUCUGGAUACUGGUGUACGAUCCAACAUUCUCACCGGAGAAGACCGUUACAACACUUCCAAAUGUAAAGUUUAUGCUGCUGGUGACUGCAGGCGAGGGCAGUCCUUGGUAGUUUGGGCAAUCCAUGAAGGACGUCAAGCAGCUAGACAGGUUGAUUACGAUCUUAUGGGCAAAACAACAUUAGCUGGUCCAGGAGGCGUUGUUUUGGCCCCCAUUCGGGACUAA